GCGCACCUUCCUUUUUUUCUAUUUUCCAGACUGGGCGAAAGCGCCAGCGAGUUGGGCAGAUGCCGGCAGCCGCGGUGCAGGAUAACGGUCGGCCUGUGCUCCUACGGGAUGCAGCUCAGCUGGGACAUCAACGCUCCACAGAUGCCUCAGGAGCUGGCCCUCUUCGACCAAUUCCGAGAGUGGCCUGAUGGCUAUGUGCGCUUCAUCUACAGCAGCGAUGAGAAGAAGGCUCAGCGUCACCUGAGCGGCUGGGCCAUGCGCAACACCAACAACCACAAUGGCCACAUCCUCAAGAAGUCGUGCCUGGGUGUGGUGGUGUGUGCACAGGCCUGCGCCCUGCCUGACGGUUCCCGCCUGCAGCUGCGGCCAGCCAUCUGCGACAAGGCACGGCUGAAACAGCAGAAGAAGGCAUGCCCUAACUGUCAUUCUGCUUUGGAGUUGAUUCCUUGUCGAGGGCACAGCGGAUACCCUGUAACCAACUUUUGGCGGCUUGACGGCAACGCGAUCUUUUUUCAGGCCAAGGGAGUUCAUGAUCACCCAAGACCGGAGAGCAAAUCGGAGACAGAAGCUAGAAGAAGCGCCAUCAAGAGACAAAUGGCCUCUUUCUACCAACCCCAGAAAAAGAGAAUUCGAGAAUCCGAGGCAGAAGAAAAUCAAGACAGCAGUGGUCAUUUCAGCAACAUACCUCCCUUGGAAAAUCCAGAAGACUUUGAUAUAGCUACUGAAACCAGCUUCCCUAUUCCGGGGCAGCCUUGCCCUUCCUUCCCAAACUCUGAUUCUUACAAAGCUACCUCUGACCUAGCCAUCUUUCAAGGAGACAAAAUGCUACCCUUUCAGAAAUACUCAAGCCCAAGAAUCUAUUUGCCUAGGCCACCUUGCAGCUAUGAAUUGGCAAACCCUGGUUAUACAAAUACGAGCCCAUAUCCCACCCUUUAUAAGGAUUCCACCAGUAUCCCUAAUGACACAGACUGGGUUCAUCUGAACACACUACAAUAUAAUGUCAAUUCAUACAGCAGCUAUGAGAGAAGCUUUGAUUUCACCAACAAAGAGCAUGGCUGGAAACCAGCUCUUGGAAAACCCAGCCUUGUGGAGAGGACUGACCAUGGGCAGUUUCAGGCCAUGGCCACUCGCCCUUAUUAUAACCCAGAGCUUCCCUGCAGGUACCUCACGACUCCGCCACCAGGUGCUCCUGCCCUACAAACUGUGAUUACCACCACCACUAAAGUGUCCUACCAGGCCUACCAGCCCCCUGCUAUGAAAUACAGUGACAGUGUGCGAGAGUUGAAGAGCCUUUCGAGCUGUAACUACGCUCCUGAAGAUACUGGGAUGUCUGUCUAUCCAGAAGCCUGGGGUCCUCCAGUGACAGUCACCAGGGCUACCUCUCCUUCAGGGCCACUUCCUAUGAAAAUUGCAGGAGAUUGCCGGGCCAUCAGACCCGCUGUGGCUAUUCCCCACGAGCCAGUUUCCUCUAGGACAGAUGAAGCAGAGACUUGGGAUGUGUGUCUGUCUGGGCUGGGCUGUGCAAUCAGUUACUCAGAUAGAGUGGGUCCCUUCUUUACCUAUAACAAUGAAGAUUUUUGAAAGACAAUCCAGGGGACAACAUAAUAGCAGUGUGCAUGCAGGCAGGAGGCAGGGAAAUGUGAAAUGGCAAUGAUCUCUUAUUGAGUGGGGAGAUUCACCUUAUGUGCAAAGAAACACAGAUCGUAGGAAAAAGGCUGAGUGGCUGAGAAAAUAAUCAGUUGGAAAUGUUUAGAUAAUAUGGGAAAUUUCACACAGCAUUUUGAAACUGGCUACAAUACAUAGAAGUAACUCAGGAAAGUGUGAGUCU